AUGGUCCAGGAGAAUGAAAAGAAAAAGAGGAAGCUGUUUGAGGACGCGCCCAACUAUGACGCCAAUUUUUUAUCCAAUUACGUAAAUGAGUUAAGCAUAAACCACGUUGGUUUGCCCGGUGUGGGUGGCAAUGAGAUUAGGAGCAACGAUAUAUGCGCCGGUCAGUUGGGCACAAAUCAGCAGUACGGUGGCGGGAUAUGUGUAAACCAUAUGGGGGGGACCCACCUGGGUGUGAAUCAAAACGCAUUUGAUGCACAGGUGGAAAACAGGAAGGAUCACCCCUGCGUCAACGAACCCCACAACUGCAACAGCGUCCACUUCAACAAAAAUGUGCUAAUCAAUAGCAUCGACGUACUUUUAAAUUUUAUAAAUUAUAGCUGUCUCAAUGAAAGCAUAAAGCAUGAAGUCCUUUAUGACAAUUUGUUGAAUUUGCGUUUUCAUAUCCUGAGUUUAAAUGACGAAAAAUUCCACCAGAAAAAGAUAACUGAAUAUUUUUUUAAAAUGUAG